AUGAGUAGUCGGAAUCACUCCAGAAAACCCCAUGGAGAGGAAGAGGGUUGCCCUAGAACCCUGAAAAUGACAACUGGAGAGAGUGGUGCAAGGAAGGUGAUAACAGCAAGAAUUUGCGCCGAAUUGGAAUUGGAGUUGGAGUUGGCAAGAAAUGACUCAAUUAGUGGAAUUGGAGUUACCCUUGGACUGUGUGUGCCCAAUUCUGCACCCAGCAAGAAAGGUCACGAUGUGACCAUUGAUGAAAAGCUCAUAGCCCGCCACCUUGCUGCCAUGGACCGGAUUCUCCGUUCGGUGCCUAGCCCCGGUGUUGGCAACUAG